AUGCAGCCAGGCACGCGGUUGCGGCCGGCAGCGGCCGGGGGCGGGGCCACGAUGCGCCGCACCGGCGGCGGCGGCGGAUCGCGUCGCGGGCUGCGCGUGUGCGCCUUGCUGGACUACGUUGCCUCAGUCCAAGACGACGGUGUGCUGCGCAUGCCAGCGCGGACCGAGCUGGACCCCAAUGAGAUCAAGACUGUGUUUGGCUUUCCCAGGAAAAUCGGAGAGUCCUACUAUCUCGGAAAAAUCAUCGGCGCCGGCAGCUUCGGCACGGUGCGGGAGGCAGUGGAGGCGUCGACCGGCCUGCGGUUUGCUGUCAAAACGGUCGCCAAAGUGCCCAAGCGCGGCCCGCCCACCCCCAGGUACCUCCUGAAGCUGCGCGCUGAGGUGGAGGUGAUGCAGCAGCUGGGCGUCAGCCUCAACGCGGUGCACCUGCACGACGUGUUUGAGGACGACGCCAACAUACACAUGGUCAUGGAGCUGUGCGAGGGCGGCGCCCUGCUGGAGCGCGUUGAGUCGCGCGCGUACAGCGAGCGCUUCAUCGCGGGGCUGGUGCGCUCCAUCCUGCGCUUCAUCGCGCAGUGCCACGCGCGGGGCAUCGUGUACCGAGACGUGAAGCCAGACAACUUCUUGUUCCUCUCAAAGGACGAGGACUCGCCCCUCAAGGCCACAGACUUUGGGCUGUCCAUCCGCCACAGCCCUGACGAGCCCAAGCUCACCAGCAGAUCCGGCACCCCCGCCUACAUGGCGCCAGAGCUGGUGAUGCAGUGCUACGACGAGAAAUGCGACAUCUGGUCUGUCGGGAUGCUCUCAUACCAGCUGCUGACGGGGCGCUUCCCCUUCUGGGAGGACGUGCGCCACGAGUCCCUCAGCGACGUCUGGAAGGCUGUGCUGUCCCAGGACAUCAAUUGGGACGCGCCAGAGCUGCAGCCCCUGUCAGCAGCGGCCCGCGCGUUCCUCCAGCGCCUGCUGCAGCGGGACCCCCGGCUGCGGCCCAGCGCGGGCGAGGCGCUGGGGGACCCCUGGCUGGCGGAGGGCGGCGCCGCCAGCGACGCCCCGCUGCAGGGCAGCGUGGUGGCGCGGCUGCAGCGGUUUGCGACGUACAGCCAUUUGAAGCAGCUGGUGCUGCGCAUGAUCACGGAGGACAUGCGGCGGCAGGGCAGCACACCGACGCUCGCGUCAGCGCUGCAGGAGCUGUUUGCGGAGUACGACGCCGACGCCAGCGGCUCCAUCAGCUUUGACGAGCUCGCGUCGGGGCUGCAGCGCCAGGGCUAUGACGUGACACAGUCAGAGGUGCGGCAGCUGAUGGAUAAGAUGGACAUUGACCACAACGGCAACGUGGAGGGCGACGAGUUCGUGGCUGCCCUGAUCGACUGGAGCCAGGUGAUGCAGGGCAAGGAGUGGCAGGCCUACGUCGACGCCGCUUUUUCGCGGCUGGACGUUGAUGGGGACGGCUUCAUAGAGCUGGAGGAGCUUUUGAAUCGCAUGCCCAAGGCGUUUUUUGAGGGCGACGCCGCGGAGCGGCUGGCGGAGGCGAAGCGCAUGCUGCGGGAGGCGGACGCCAACGGGGAUGGGAAGAUCUCGUUGGCGGAGUUUAGCAGCUUGCUGCACGAGAAUGUGGCCCCAGACAGCCUGUCCCUGUAUGACAGCCGGAUGCGCAUCACAGAGGGCGCCGCCGCGGCGUGA